AUCAGCUGAUUGCGGGUGGCAGCCCUGCGAGGAAGUAAACACUUGAACCAUGGCCGUGUUCCGAGGAGCUCUCGCAAGAAAUGGUCGCAGGUGCCUGAAUUUCCGACUGCUUCAUGGAGGAGCUGGGGCUAGUCUGUGUCACCAUAAGGUGGCAUUGCAGAAUGAGGGAGCCAGAGAGGUUAGGCCCUCACCACUAACACUUCUGACAGAAGAUGAAAUGAUGAUGAAAGAGACAGUGGCAAAAUUUUCCAGUGAGAAGGUUGCUCCUCUUGUCCGCAAGAUGGAUGCCGAGGGUAAUAUUGACGAAUCUAUUCUUAAGGGCUUGUUUGACAAUGGGUUCAUGGGUAUUGAAAUACAAGAAGAGUAUGGUGGUUGCGGAUCUACAUUUUUUGUAGCAAACUUAGUUAUUGAGGAAUUGGCUAAAGUGGACCCUUCUGUAAGUGCUACGUGUGAUGUUCAGAACACGCUGAUAAACUCCUUGUUCCGUAAUUUUGCCACAGAAGAUCAAAAGAACAAGUACCUGCCUAAGCUUUCAGCUGAAUAUACAGGAAGUUUCUGUCUUUCUGAAGCAGAGUCUGGAUCAGAUGCAUUUUCAUUGAAAACAACUGCUGUAAAGGAUGGCAACAACUUCAUCAUUAAUGGUUCUAAGAUGUGGAUAUCAUCAGCCCCACAGUCUGGUGUGUUCUUGGUCAUGGCAAAUGCAAAUCUCUCUGCUGGCUACAAAGGCAUCACUUGUUUCAUCGUUGAUGCAGGAACUCCAGGUCUGAGUAUUGGCAAGAAGGAGGACAAGCUAGGCCUGCGAGCCUCAAAUACCUGCAGUGUUCAUUUUGACAAUGUAAUAGUCCCAGAAGAAAAUAUUCUUGGAGAGUUUGGGCACGGCUACAAAUAUGCUAUAGAGAUGCUAAAUGAGGGUCGCAUUGGUAUCGGUGCUCAGAUGGUAGGCUUAGCACAAGGCUGCCUCGAUUCUACUGUACCUUACAUUAUCCAGCGAAGGCAAUUUGGACAAAGUCUUUUUGAAUUCCAGGCCAUGCAGCAUGCGGUUGCAUAUUUAGCAACAGAAAUUGAAGCUGCUCGGUUGCUGGUGUACAAUUCUGCUAGAUUGAAAGAGGCUGGCCUGCCUUUUAUUAAACAGGCAGCCAUGGCUAAACUCUACAGUUCAGAGGUAGCAACACGUGUCACCUCCAAGUGUGUCGAGUUAAUGGGUGGCGUUGGCUUCACGAAAGAUUACCCCGUUGAGAAAUUUUACCGGGACUGCAAGAUUGGCACAAUUUAUGAAGGCACAUCUCACAUACAGCUCAACACCAUUGCAAAGCUUGUACAAAAAGAAUAUGUUUCAAAUUUGAUUUAGUUCUACUAGGAAAAAAUUAUGUAAUAUAUACUAGUGUGUAGAUGACUAUUCCAUGUAUACUUUGGCAGCAUUCAAAUAGAAAGAUCAUUAUAUUUCACUCCAAAAAUAUUAUUUAAUUAACAAAUCCUAAAUAAUUUAUAGAAAAGUUGACAAGUGUUAUAACGUAGGGAAAAACAAAGAAUCUAUAGACAGAUUCUUAGUAAGACAAGCAAGCAGUGAGCCACAACCAGAUCCUAGUGGUAUACAUGCAAAAUGUAAGAGAGUACCCUAGAAAUGUCAUCACUGCUGUUAUAAUGGAAGGGGGCUCCCCCUCCAAACACAACACUUCUUCUCCCCUCUCCCCUAUCCUUCCUCACCAUCUUCCAUACACCAACAAGAAUCCUCAAUAAAGGUAAGAUAUACUUGUACAAACUGUAGUUUAAAAUGUAUUUUUAAGUUAAUAUUUUUGGGGUGUGGAACGGUUCAAUUUACAUUAUUUCUUAUGGGAAAAUUUGUUUCAGUUUUUGAAUUCUCAGUUUUUUAACUGUCUCUGGGAACGAAUUAAUUUAAAAAAUGGAGGUACCACUGUAAUAUUAAAUUUAUAUUAGUUUUGGAAUGAUAUGUUUGAGGGAGAGCAGUGGGAUGAGAACGAGUCAACUUGAAGUUCCCUGGAUGUCCUCUCCUAUACUACUCAUAAAUAUAUUUUCCAUGCUUGUGUGCAUUUUAUAAUUUGGACCAGCACAUGCUCAAAUAAUAAGGUUUCUUAAGACACUCCAAUAUGAACUAACAAUUAAAAACAAAUUUUAGCUAAGGCUAAAGAUGGUAGCUAGAAACUAAGGCAUGUAUGAUAUAAUCCAGAAGAGUUUAGUGUUAAUAUAUGAAUGUUUGUAAAACAUUUGGUUAUUGAGAUAUCAAAAAUAGGCUGGAGGUUGUCUAAAAAUCCUAAGUGUUACCCUAGAGAUGAUGAUUAAUAAGGAAAAUAACUUUUAUCUUUCACUUUUGUAAUAACUAUAAACCUAGAAAAACUGCCCCUUAAUUAACUAAGCCUUAUACAUGACACAUGGGGUAUGAAAGUGUCAUAGGCCAGUUGGGGUCAACCCCAGUAUCAGUCUUGAAGAAUUAUUGGCAUCUAUAGUGACCCCCUGCAAUUUUCAUGGCAUCUGGAACUGAGUAAAGUAUUUUCCAGAAUUAUUUAUCAGUUUUUAGUACUUCAUAAUAUUAAAUUCUCUGAGAGAAGGAGAUGGGCAUGUUGGGAGGGAGGGAAAGAUCCAGGCACAGCUGAGUAACCCAUCUAAUGUAAAUAAUUGUAUAAAUAAAUUAUGUAAAAUAGUGUAUAUUUCUGUAAAUAAAUAUAAACGAAACAGUAAUAUAUAAAUUGAGCAGCGGUUCGAGUUUUGAUGAGUUAGACAAGUAGAUCAGAUUUUUCUGUACUGUACAAUACAAAAAAAUAAUUUUGGGAUAGUACAUGAGAGUUGGAUGAGAGGAAGUGUGUGCUUGAUCCACUCCAUUUGAAAAUACAUUAAUGUACAGAUGAUGAGUUACAUAGUUAUUUAUAUACAGUAGUGAUUCAUUUUUUAGUACUUAGGAAAUAAGAGUAAAAUGUAUUUUUGUAGUUGAUUCUAGCUUGAAUUAGUUACUUAAGUGAUGUUCUUAGGUAUUGUAGCAUUUAAAAUUAUACAAUUAAUGUAUAGUACUUAGAUAUUAACAGUUUCUUUGCAGUGGUUUGAAUCUUAUAUCAUGUAUAUUAAGAUUGCACAGCAGUAACUAUCACGUCAGAUUUUUACUGAAAGCUAAGAAAGUUUUAUGUUGCAAAGCAUAUUUGAGAUUAGUGGACAAAAUUUAAAGGGAUUUUAAUUUUUGGGUGGACAUUUGACAAGAUUAUGUAAUGCCUCCCCUGACUCCUGUCAGCUGGUAAUUUAUUAUUUGAAUGAAGUCAUUGAUUCUGAUGCAAUUGCUGUGGGAUUUUGGUAAUUCACAGGUGUAGUCAUGUAAUUGGUGCUUGCAUGGUUGAACUUGGGCUCUUUAGUCCUGUUUCUCAACUUUCAAUCAACCAGUGUUGAGGUUCCAGAGUUUAUUGGGCUCUUAUAUUUACAUUUGAAACUGUGUAUGGAGUCUGCCUCCACCACUUUAUUUCUUACUGCAUUCCAUAUAUUCACUACUUUGACACUGAAAAAAAUUAUUUAUAAUGUCUCUGUGGCUCAUUUGGGUAUUUACUUUCCACUUGUGUCCCCUUCUUUGAAUAACAAUGCUAAAUAACCUAUCCGUGUCUGCCCUAUCAAUUUCCUGGAGAAUUUUGUUUGUAAUAAUCAAGUCUCUCCUAACUCGUCUUCCAUCGACACGAGGUUUAAUUCCUCGAGCCAUUCCUGGUAACCAAUACCUGUUUUAGUAGUUGGCCUGGUGGGAGGACCUCUACUAGUCUUAAGUAUUGGCUUCUUGUCGCUGACAACGGAAAUUAUUAAAUCUGACGAGGACAGCUAAUAAAUCUUGAGCCCAUCUUUUAUUAAUGAUGUAAGGUCCACAUUAAUUUUGAAGGAAUAGGUUAUGCCCCUCCCAUUAGUCUGCUAACUAAAAUCUUAGUAUCAUCUAAGGCUAUUUUGCAAUACAGUAACUUGAUUAAGAUACAGUAUUACUCAUCUCCCUUUGCAAUGAUCCUGCAGCUUUAACUUUAAUGUUUCAUGAAAUAAGUGGGGGGGGGGGAAGAAUGGCUUAAACCAUACAAAUUACACACAAUUAUCCAGGUAAACCCAGUAGUAUUUAACAACACUAUUACUUUUCAGUUUUAUUAUCUUGUGUAACAACAACAUUUAAUAACAAAUAACUUGCUUAUAUUAAUAUAAAUACAUAUGCAUGAUGUCACAGAACAUGUCACCUCAAAAUGCAAGGACAACAGUCAACUGGAAAAAUAGUAUAAAAAGAGAUAAAACAAAAGAGAAAAAACUUUCACCUUUAAGUUGCGAGACUCAAGACUCCUCAAGAAGUGAAACUACUUGUACUAUUUUUCCCAGUUCACUGUAGUUUUUCUUGCAUAUAUGCAUUAACGAGACAAUAUAUUUAAUUUCUUAAUGGUUGUGAUAUCGUGAUGUUAGCAAUAAAACUUUAACAAUAAAUCAACUGUUUAUCAUCAUGGUCUCACACUUAUUAAAGAAUUUUUUUUUUUAAAACACUUACAAAAACUGGUUUUAAACAUUUUACAGUAUUGGUGAUUGUCUAACCCAGACUGAAACCAUCUUCAAAAUUAUGAAGAAAAGGUCAUUAAUAAUCUUAUUAUAAAAAUUGUCAUGUGAUUAUUGAUCUCACCAACUGUGUGUACUGUUCCAAAACUUGCCUGACUUAUUCUUUAUGGCUAUGAUAACUGAUCCGUACUGCUAAGUUUUUGCCAGUGUAUAAUUAGAAUUGUGAUAAGACAGAAAGUUUACUGUACUCGUACUUUAAACAAAUCAAUUAUCUCCCGUCUUCUUCCGUUUAGAAGUGCAGGGCAUAAAAACCUCUCGUGUAGAACUAUGAGUCUAUUGUAAUUUAAUUUAAUUUAACAAAAGGACAGGCAUGUGCAGAAUAUACUGUACUGUAUAGUGAACUUUUCCUGAUGACUGUGGGUUGUACUGAAUAAAGCAGUUUGUUGAUGAAACCAAAGGUGAGAAACAAACACCAAAGUGUACGAUGUGUUCUUUGUUGUAGUAAACUUCAUGUGGUAGUUUUCACUACUUAAGCAUUACACACACAAUGGCAAUAAAAACGUUUCUUCUUGAAAGCCAUUGGUCGGUGUUCAGAUAUUCCAUUAAUGUUCAAAUUUAUUAUAAAUCAAACAAGUAUCAGGUUUUAACUGCAUAGAAUAAAUAUCAGCCUCAUCCCAAGCAUAGAAUACAGUAUAUGAACCUAUUACAGUACCCAGUAUAUAAAAUUGUAGUAAUAUGACAUAACAGUACAACAGUUUGCCCUUGAUGAACAAAUGUGUAUCAGGAUAUAUUAAACAUUUCUCAGCUAAUUAAAGUCAUUUACUGUAUUAUCAGUUGUAAUUUUAAAGGAAAAUAUAUAUAUAUGAGUGCAAGCAUCUAUACCACUGGUUCCCAUCUGAUACACUAUGGCCAGUUUUCUGAGUUGGCCACAGAGAUUCAUCAUAGGCAUGAUAAUUAUGUGUUUUGUGUGAUAUCAAUAAUUUAGGGUUAAGCUUAAUGCAAGCAUGAUCCUAGCUUAGCAAAAUGGGAGGUGGACCAUGAGUUCUUAUAAUCAGAUGUAGGGGGCCAUCAUCUCAAAAGGCAGUUAGAAGAGUAUUGACCUUAAUAGAGCAAAAAUUAUAGAUUUUUCCUUUUUCAUGUACAGUACUGUAUUCAAAAGUAAUAUACAUUCUUGAAACUUUUAAGUGUAAAUCACAAUGUAAAUGCUAACAAAAUUUAUAAUUCUUUUUUUGCUAAAAUUUUCUUAAAAAAAAAUUGCUAUUCAUGUGUUUUUCCCAUUAGGACAAAAACAUUGUGCAAUAUAUAAUAAAUUACGAAGAUGCCGGUAGCCUUGAAUUUUGAUGUUACAUGUUAACAUGGCCUUUAUUAAUGUUUCCAUGUUCUUUAAGUUUACUAAUGUACUCUUCAACUUAUGAUAACUAUAAAUACAUGCUAAGAAAAUUAA